AUGUACAUGAAGGUAGAUAAGAAAGAAAUCAAGUCACUUGAACUCAUAUUCAUUGAUGCUCAGGGUGGAAAAAUCCAGGCUACCAUCCCUAAAAGCUUUAUGGACAGUUUUAUCACUAACUUCGAAGAAGGCUGUCUUCGGCAAAUAGCAUGUUUUGAUCAUGCUUUGAACAUUGUUGGUGGUUACUCUUGUUCAAAACACGAAUACAAAAUCGUCUUUGAACCUAACACCAUUGUGGAUACUGUGGAUGCUGUUGAUGCUGUUGUUGAUUUGGAUAUUCCUAACCAUGUGUUUGAAUUCACUCCUUUUGCUGAGAUAUCAAAUUUCAUUGCGAAUUUUGAUUUCUGUCUUGAUGUUAUUGGACAUGUUAUUGGUGUUAGUGAGGCGAUCAUUGAUGGGGAUAAAAAGAGGAUAUCUGUGGAACUGGAGGAUGAGAGGUUAAAGAUCACCCUGUGGAAUGGAAAUGCCGAUGCCAUAUCAGCAAUGAUGGCUGAUCAUCCAGUAAUGCCGGUGGUGUUUAUUGUGCAAUAUGUGAAAUACAAAAAGUGGAACUUAAGAGCUUCAGUCACCACUAAUAUGUACAAUGGCAGAAUCUUCCUAAAUGACAUGUCUAUGCCUGCAAUUUCUGAAUACAAAAUGAGAUUGGAGGAUAUUGAGGAUAAAGAUGUAAGUGUCCAGCGGAUUUCUAUACUUUCUAACAUAUCUGGAUACAAUACUUAUGAAGACUUUGUGAAGGAUGCAUCAAUGUUAACUCUGUCUGAGAUAAAGGAGUUAGAGGAGCCUUGCUAUGUGGUUACUUUUGCUAAAAUUACUGGAUUGGUGAAGGAGUUUGAUUGGUGCUACUUAGGAUAUAGAGACUACAACAAGAAGGUCACAGAAAUAGGUAAAGACACUGAUACCAGGUUGGUAGGAUUGCCUAAAAGUAAUCAACGUGUCAAGGGGAAAAAGGUCACCAGUGAAAUCAAUGGUGAAGGUAUCAAAAAGGUUCUAUGCAGCAAACAUGGUUCUGUUUCUGCUGUUACUCAAAAGUUCAAGAUACAGGCAAUUGUUGUUGAUGGAUCAGGCAGUGGUAUAGUAACCUUAUGGGAUACACAAGUUUACAAUUUAAUUAACAAGAAUGCAUCUGAACUCCUUGAAGAGGAAAUAGAUGCAGAAACCAGUAUUGAAUUUGGGCUCAGUAUGACCCAAACAGAUGAUAGUACUGCAAAGACUGCUAUAUCAUGUACUGGUGAUGUUAAUAUCCAGAAUACUGAUGUUGAAACUCCUCUGGAAGAUACUGCUGAUAGUCCCCCACCAAAGAAGUCUAAAUCUACUCUGGACUCUGAGAGUGUCAAAUCCCACCAUAAUAAAUGUGUCGGGAAAAUCUGA